CCCGUGAUGGUGGAAUGUUGAACGAGACAUGGGAUGCCCUACUCCCUCCGGGUCGCGGUUUUGUCCUCAUCCGCGACUACCAGAAAUACGAGCUCACCCCCGGCCUCCCCACUGGCGACGGGUACUCACGCUUCUCGAUUUCGAUGUUUCACCAGCUCCAUUGCCUGGACUACGUCCGCAAAACGAUCUAUGAGAUCAUCCUCAAAGUCCAGGAGGGGCGACGGGAGGAAAUCGACAUCUCCGAGCUUGAUCAAGUCGACCACUUGCCCCACUGCAUCGACUACAUCCGCCAGGGGAUCAUGUGCGCCGGGGACACGACGAUGGAGGGGGCUGUCUACGACCGGCAUCGUACCGUCGUCUUCGGGAUGGGGAACCCGCAUCUCUGCCGCGACUUUCGCGCCAUUUACGAGUUCACCAAGGACAAUUUUGAGACCGUCUUCUGAUUAAUGUGGCGGACCGAAGUGGACGUUACCUCGAGUGUGUUUGUUUGGGUUCUGUCGCUGGACCGGUCGGACGGAACGG